UUGGUGAGGAAGGUUUCUGAAUUGAGGUUAUGUGGUAUUAUAUCUUUAUGACUAUUUUUUAACUAAAUACAAAUUAAUAAUAUUUGUAUGUCGAUACGUGACCUUAAUGUGAAUAUAUAUGUUAUCAGCUGGCAGUUAUUAGUUUAAUUUAUCUUUUAUUCAAUUUUGCAGAAAAUAUAAUAUAUCAUAUACAUCAAGUGUGAUAUAAUCAUUCUGUAUUAAAUAUUUACAAACAUGUUACCCGUAUAUGUAUCAAAAUAUAAUAUAAGACCGAACAAAGUGUUAUUUCAAUGGUUAAACACCAAUGUGAGAUUGUGUUCUUCAUCAGACUCUUCAUCAGAUUCGGAUUCUGAUACUGAGAAAAUAAAACAGAAGAAAACUUCUAUUAAGAGCACAAAGCCUACAUCAGAUAACAAAACUAAUUUAGGAAGCUUUUUAAAUAAUAUGAUACAAGAUAAAACACUUAUAAAAGUAGCUAAGAACACUUCCACAAUUUCUUCAACAAAAGUGGUUCAAGAAGAGGAAAAUACAAAAGCAGCCAUUGGAAGUACUGAUUUAACUGAAUUUGUAAAUAAUAUGUUAAAGACAAGAAAGCUAGAGAAAACUAUUGAUGUUGCUAUACAGCCUAGAAAAAGUAAACCAAAGAAAGUUAAACCCAUGUCUUACGAAAAAAAAUUGGUAAGUGCAGCUGAAAGUGUAGCUGACAAACUUGGUGGAGAUAAAGCAAAGACCAUGAUGGAUUUACUUCAAAAAAUUGUACCGAAUAAAGAUGAAGCAGAGAAAAAAGACAAACAAUUAACAAAAAAUACUGAUAGCACUAAAUCCGAUGCAGACCUUAUGAAAUUCAUUAAUGAUAGAAAAGCAAAGCAGUUUGCAAAAUCCAAACAGCAGCUAGAAUAUGAGGGACAAAAAGAUUCCACAAGCAAGAAACAUUUAAAACAGAAAUCUGUUAUACAAGAUCUUCUACAAGAAUAUAACAAACAAACAGAAGCUAGAAAUAUAUCACAACAAUUAUUAAAACAUGCUAAAACAUCUGAGAAUCAAUUUGCUGAGAAGCAACAGAGUAAUAUGAAGCCUUUUACAAGACAAAUUCUUCAUAUUUGGAAUGGAGUGUCCAGUCAAGCUUUUAAACAGAUGAAUGAUGUUUCACCAAAUAUGCCGGAAUUAAAAACAUGGGCUGCAUUAGAGCAAAAAGAAUUAAAAGCAAUCACGACUUAUUCACCUGCUAACAUUUUCCAAGAAAUGAUUCUUUGGACAGAGCAAGGAAAAUUAUGGAAUUUUCCAAUUGACAAUGAGCAAGGAAUGGAAGAAGAACACAAUAUUCAUUUUUCUGAGCAUGUCUUCACAGAACGUCACUUGAAAGGAUGGUGUCCUACUUCAGGUCCAAUACGUCAUUUUAUGGAGUUAGUAUGUGUCGGUCUUUCCAAAAAUCCGUAUAUGACAGUACAAGAGAAAAUCAAUCAUAUUAUGUGGUACAAAGAUUACUUUAAAUCUAAAGAAGCCCUAUUGCAAGAAUUAAGAGCGAUUAAAGAACCAUUUCCUGAUGCACACAUAAUAAAACAAACUACACAGUAAGAGUAAAAUGUAAAAUAAAAUAAUUGUAUAAAAUAUUUGAAUGU